AUGUUUGCUAAAACUAAAAAGACCGCAGUAAAAAGCCGUCCCAGCCAAGUGGUAAAACCGCAACCCCUUCGUCCUAAAUCCCCAUCCUUAACUAUCACGGAAGCACUAAAAAAGCAAGUCUUUCCACAUAUCGUUAAUGAUUUUGCCACUGCCUUAAAAUCCUUAAAGCCUGGUGAAAGCAUCCGGUUUGGUAAAUUAGGAAUGGCCGCACUAAAAAAACGGGGUCGCCCCCGCAAAGCCACUACUAUAACUGCUACUUCGGUCAAGAUGGAAAAACCCACUAACGGCCAUUUAUCCUUGCGGGAAAGCAAGCGCACCAUUAUUCUCAGUUGA